AUGUUCGCUUUGGAGUUGGACGUUUCGGAUGAAGUUGCGAUGAUGGAUCGCAAUGGCAGCAUGCCCACCAAAAAUGAGAAGGAGGCUAUGAAGAAUGGCAAUACCAUAAAUAGCUCCUAUGGCAAGGACAUCGACGCAGCAGACAGAGGAAAGCUGGAGAAACGGAUCCAGCAACACCAUCUCAUUGCACGGCCGUUUCUGCGAUACUUCUCAAACUCCAAGAGGAUGGUUCGGAUAACCGUCCCCGAGGCAGCGACGAACGUCGUUUCCACCGUAGCUUCAAUACUGGUCGACUUCGGCUUCACUGAGCAACGACAACCGGGACGAGUUAUCGUGUUUGGCACGGAUGAUGAGGCGUUCGAAGACAUCGACUUCGACUACUACAAAAUGCGAAAGAUCCGAUUGAGCGACAUCGUCAAGAAGCGCAAUGCGUCUAUGGGUGAUCAAGUAUACGCGCUCUAUCGCCACAUAGAGAAAAUUGCAGCACCAGGUGACAACUUUGCUGUCGUGAUGGACACCAUGAACAACACAGAAAUCGAUCAUCGGCGAUCUAUUCAUUUCUAUGAAGAGAAGUCGGCAUAUCUGGAUGAAUUCAUCAAGAACCGAGCCGCGCGUCGACCGCUGAUACGGUAA